AUGUUUCGAGGUAAAAAAAGUCACCAUCGAACCAACCGAACGAUACCAAUCAAUUGGAGGAACGUUGUUUGCCAUUCAGAUCAAAUUAGCGCCGGUGCCAAUCAUCGGAAUAAAAUAUCCACUCGAAAAUACACUUGGUUCAGUUUUAUACCUCGAAAUUUAUUUGAACAGUUCCACCGAUUGGCCAACUUUUAUUUUCUCAUAUUAUCAAUUUUCCAAAUAAUAUUUCGUGGUCCCUUUAAUCCGAUGACCUCCAUCAUCCCAUUAAUGAUUGUUAUCGGUACAACGGCGAUAAAACAAGCCUAUGAAGAUUUACUUCGGCAAAAAAGUGACCUAUUAAUUAACCUGAAAAAGAUUUCGGUCCUAGUGGGUCAACAAUUUAAACGUAUUCGAUCUGAGAAUAUAAUUACCGGUGAUAUUGUUAAAUUAAAGUCUCACCAUGAGAUUCCCUGUGAUUGUGUUUUCAUCUCGUUCAAUAAUGAGGCCAUUAAAGCGGGUAUAAUAACGGCAAAUUUAGAUGGUGAGACCAAUGUUAAAAUGAAAGAUUCAAUUGCUUUACCUGUUAAAUUGCUCGGUGAUAAAGAUCCAUUAAAAGAGACAACAAUUGAUUUUCCACCUGAAACAAUUAAAGGUUCAAUACAAGUUGAAGAGCCACAUUCAGAUUUAUAUGAUUUUGUUGGUGUACUGACCAUGGGUCAAUUGUGUAUCUCACUUGGUCCAAAUAAUUUACUUCUAAGAGGGUCACGUCUUGUUACACCUGAUUACGUUUACGGUAUAGCGGUUUACGUUGGUAUCGAGACAAAAAUGGCCUUAAACAGUAAAAUUAAGGCCAAUAAGUUUACCUCAGUUGAAAGGAAAGUUAAUGUUUACCUGGUUGGCUAUUUUAUCGUACUCUUUGCAUUGACCACUCUCUCGUAUAUAUUAUCAAAGUCUCACCGGUUCAUCUUAAAUUCACAUGAAGAUUAUUGGUAUUUAGGUGAUUAUCUGACCUCUGAAAAUUUCACGAUCUCCAAGGACGAGGUUGGUGAAUAUUUCUCCUUCUUUAUCCUUUACUCGUUCCUUAUUCCGAUAAGUUUAUAUGUUUCACUUUCAAUGGUUAAACUGAUUGGAACCUAUUCAUUGAUUCAUGAUCGUAAUCUCAUUAAUCCGAUAACCUUUGACCGUCCAAUCAUGAAUACAUCAGAUUUAAAUGAGGAACUUGGUCAGAUUGAAUAUCUUUUCAGUGAUAAAACGGGAACAUUAACUCAGAAUGUGAUGAAAUUUAGAUGUGCCUCAAUUGACGGGGAAUUGUUUCAAUUGGCAUCGGAAGAUUCAGAUACAUCGGUCAAUUUACCUUUAACGUUAACUUCCGUUGUAAAGGAAAAGGUUAAAGACUUUUUCAUCGCCCUGUGUAUAUGUAAUUCAGUUAAAGUUAAACGACCUCAACAAUUAACAAAUCAAAGUAAUAGGAAUAAAGAUAAAUCAUCAUCAACAGGUAGACCAACGGGUAAACUGUCCAGUGAAUCAAUCUCAACGUUUUGUAAUUCAUCUUUAUCAUGGGAAGGUGAUUCACCUGAUGAAACGGCUUUGGUUGAGGCUGCAUCACGAUAUGAUGUAAUUCUGGAUAAUUCUGAUGAAAAUUAUUGCGAUAUUAUUAUUCACAAUAAGAAGAAAAAAUUUAAAAAAUUAAAUAUUUUCCAUUUUGAUUCGGAUCGAAAGCGAAUGUCAGUCAUGGUUAAAUCGGCUGAAGGUAAAAUCAUUUGGAUUUGCAAAGGAGCCGAAACGGUGAUGAGGCCAUUGACCACUAAAGGGAAAGUAACACUCACUUAUCAACACAUUGAACAAUUUGCUAGAAAAGGUAUGAGAACGUUAAUUGUUGCUUGGAAAUCUCUAUCUGAAGAGGAGUACAAAAAGUUCAGUGACGAAUUGCGAUUGGCCUCAUUAAGUUUAGUCCAACGGAAAGAAAAGAUGGAAAAUGUUAUGAAUAAACAUGAGACUAAUUUCAGUAUACUUGGAGCUACCGGUGUUGAGGAUAAGCUACAAGAAGGAGUUGAAGACACGAUUUCGGCUUUAAGAUUAGCUGGAAUUAAGAUUUGGAUUCUAACGGGUGAUAAAACAGAGACUGCUGUUGAUGUUGCUAAUUCAGUUUCACUUUUAGAUUCAUCUUUGAUACGAUUUAGUUUAACUGAUCACGUUGAGGCGACUUCAUGUUCAAAAGCAAUUGAUAAUUAUCUUAAUCAAAUUGAACAAAUUACCAAUGGUAAAGAGAUUACCCCUGAUUCCAAGCAAUUUGCCGUUAUCAUCGAUGGUAAAACCUUAUUUAUUGCGAUGAAAAAUCAUAAAUUACCGUUCCAAUCUCUUUGUCUCAAAUGUUCAGCCGUCAUUUGUGCUCGAAUGUCACCAAUUCAAAAAGCUGAAGUUGUUCGAAUGAUCAAAAACAGUGAUACCCGACCAGUGACCGCAGCAAUUGGUGACGGAGCAAAUGAUGUCAGUAUGAUACAAGAAGCCGAUAUCGGCUUUGGACUGAUCGGUAAAGAGGGUAGACAAGCGGCUAAUAGUAGCGAUUUAGCAUUUGCACAAUUUAGUUUUCUUAAAAGGAUCAUCUUAAUCCAUGGACAUUAUUACUACGUUCGCAUUAGCAAUUUAAUCCAAUACUUUUUCUACAAAAAUUCAACCUUGGUGGCUCCAUUAUUUUUAUACUCAUUUGAUUGUAUCUAUUCAGCUCAGUCAAUUUUUCACGGAGUUUUAUUGAUGUUUUAUAAUUUACUAUUAACGGCAUUCCCUGUGGCGAUUUAUGCUCUUUCCGAGAAAAAUAUUCCAGAAUCCUUGUUGGAAAAAGAGCCUCGAUUUUACUGGGUUAAUCAUCUUAAUUUCAACAUGAACUUUAAACGAUAUUUAAUUUGGUUCCUUUCUGGUAUAAUUAAUGGAUCAAUAUGUUUACUUUCAUUCAAAUAUAUUUACUUUCAAAAUGAAGAUGAAAUCAAUUCUCGGACUGGUGGAUUAAUUUAUUUCGGUAACAUGGCUUCUAUUACAAUGGUUACCUUUGUAAACCUUAAGUUACUAUUAAUGACUCGUAAUUAUGGAUUAACUUUACCUCUUUCUGUGAUAUUAUCUAUUAUUCUGGUUCAUGGUUUUUAUUACAGCACUUCAUCAUGGUUUGCCAUUCUUGACGAUUUACUGUUCGGCUCUUAUGUUCAAAUGAUCUUCGAGCCUUGUUUUUGGCUCAUGUCGAUACUCACAUUGGCUGUUUGCUUAAUUCUCGAUAUUUGUCAUCGACUUUACGCCGAUUCUAAAUCAUCUAGAUAUAAAAGUCUCUUAAAGGACAAUCAACUUUACAAUUAAAGGAAAAUGAACUUGAACAAAUUUUAAUUCUCACUUUCUGUUGAUUGUUAGAUCCGUUCAAUCAUCGUUGUAACGAUCAGUUAAUUAUAAGAAAAUCUCAUGAGAAAUUAAUGUCAAGGUUUAAAUGGAUUUGUUUUAUUUUACUUUUUCCUUUAUUGUGAUUUAAUAACAAGAUAAUCUUACAAUUGUAAUUAAUUUUGAUCAGAUAUUGAAACAAACAAAGGUUAACAACUCUUACAAUAUUGAUUUGAUUGUUUGGACGUUGAUAGUUGGCUAAUUGGAUAAUUAAAGGUUUAGAAUUCAAGUUGAUUUAAUUUGAAUCAGAAUCUCAA